AUGCGUUUAAACACAAAAAAUAUUUUUAUUAUUUCUUUAUCCAUUUUAAACGUAAUUCUUUUCUUCAUAAAUUUUUGGUAUUAUCACAGAACUAAUUUAGGAAAAUAUUCAAAAAUUAAUUAUGCUACAGGAAUCAAGCCAUUAAUUGUUGAUUUUGACUGUUUAGAAAAUCAAAAUAAGGGUAAAGACUGUACAUAUCCAAUAGCUGUAGCUAUACCUGACGGAUAUCCACAAAUGUCAAAUGAAUUUAUUGAAAUUAAAUUUACUUUGGAUAUCUCUGAAAAUAGUAGAGAUUUUUGGCUUUUUAAAAAUGUUGACGAUUCUACAGAUAUAAUUGCAACAAGAAGGUGUAAUAUUUAA